AUGGUGGGGAAGGGAAGAGGAAGGGAGUCCGCAGCCGUUGCUCCUGGAUCUCGCUGCCGCCGCUGCUCCUCGUCGUUCGGUCCUCACAGUUUCUCCUCAAUAUCGACGCCAGUAGAUCUGGGAGGGUGGACAUUGUGCGCCGCUCACUGCUCGCCGUUUCUGCUUCUCCUCUUCGCUCGGUCACCGGUCGUCGCUGCUCCUCGCCGGUCACCGUUACUUCCGAUCGGGUUUGCUGUCUUCUUGGUCCACUUGGCAACCAUUCCUAUCACUGGAACUGGGAUUAACCCAGCUAGGGGCCUUGGUGAUGCCAUCAUCUUCAACAGAGACCAUGCAUGGAAUUAG